AUGAAAGGUCUUUCUGCCGGCAUUGUCUUUUCCGGCAUCACCGGCGUUGCCAGUGCCGCACGCUCGAAUGGCUGUGGGAAGCCGUUGCCCACCCACCAGAGCCCUGGAGGAGAUAGCCACCAGACACACUUCACGACGUCUGACGGUACUGAGCGCACCUACCUGAUCCACAUUCCCUCCAACUACGACAAGGACACCCCGGUUCCGUUGAUCUUUUCGUUCCAUGGCAGGAGUGGAACCUCGGCCAAGCAGGAGGCCCUGUCGCAAUUUAGCAACGAGGAGUGGAAUCCCAAUGGCAUCGCGGUGUAUCCCCAAGGACUGGACAAACAAUGGGAAGGCGAUCCGGCCUCCAAAAGAGUGGAUGACGUCGCGUUCACCCUCGAAAUACUCGACCACUUUGAGGACCGGUACUGCAUUGACUCGUCGCACGUCUACGCCGCGGGCAAGUCGAACGGCGGCGGAUUCACUCAUCUAUUAGCAUGCGACAGCACUGCGUCCACUCGGAUCGCCGCCUUCGCACCAGUCUCAGGCGCCUACUACCAGAAAGUGUCCGAAGAGGACUGCGAUCCGAUCACUGUUCCAAUCAAGUGCAACCCCGGCCGGUCUCCUAUCCCGAUCAUUGAGUUCCACGGCAGCGCGGAUGAAACCAUCCCGUAUGCUGGGGGGGCCAGACGCGGAGAAUGUCUCCCCUCCGUGCCUCAUUUUGUGCGCGAAUGGUCCAAGCGCGAUGGAUUCGGACUGCACAACAAGACCACCAAUCUGUACGAUGACCAAGUGCAACGGUAUGAAUACGCGAGUGGCGACGCCCUCGGCACCGUGACGCAUUAUCGCAUCGGAGGCUUGGGCCACUCCUGGCCAAGUACGGGACCAAACAGCGACAAUCCGGAUGGAACGUAUCUGAACGCGACGCCGUUGAUCAUGGACUUUUUCAACCGAUGGGCAUUGUAG